AUGCCGCCAAGGAUGAGAGUAGCUCCCAAAAAGACUGUAUCCUUCUCUGACGAUGAAAACAUGACGAGAGCUCGCCAAUUGAACAGCAAGAAACACCAAACAGACAUCUACGGGCCGCCUGUCUAUGUGAAGAAGUCACUGCUUACCGUUCCUGUUCAUCUGGUAGCACUACUAUACUACUAUAUCAAGCUAUCCGAGGACUUCGACGAUGUAAGGCUUCUGUAUGGGCUCAUUCCUAUGCAAAUUGCGUACUUAGCUGCCCAGUUUAACAGAAGCACAGUAUAUGGCCACAAGAUUCUGAAAUUGAAGCUCAGUUUGGUUCCUAUUUCUCUCGGAGCAGCUUUGCUGUUGACACUACCUUGUAUGUUGAUCAUAAUCCUGAUGGGAGCACCCGUGCGCAUGCUAUUGAGAGAGACGUGGCUGCUAGCGGCUCAUUGCUGCUUCUUAGCCUUCCCCGCGGUAUAUUCGGUGUUUAAUUGUGAUUUCAAAGUCGGCAUCUUCAAGAAAUACUUCAUUAGCAUUGCGAUUGGUUGCUGGAUUAGUUGCAUUGUGAUCCCACUGGACUGGGAUAGGGACUGGCAACAGUGGCCGACUCCAUUGAUCGUGGGUGCGUAUGCCGGAGCCUUCGUAGGUUAUUCGUUAUGUCCGUACCUUUGA